AUGAGACCUGUUUUCUGUUCCUACUUUGUGGAUCGUGAGAGGAAUGAGAUUGUCAUUCGGUGUCUGUCUGGAGACACUGAGAUUCAGGCACUGUUUGAGUACACCAUUGAGGGAAGAGUUGGUGUUUUCACUGGUACAACUGGAGUAGGGGCACCCAUCAGGAUUAGUCUUGGAGACAUGACCAGUGGUCAGAGUAUUAUGCUCAUUCUGAGGAGACUAGAUGGAACUGUAUUGGCU